GUACCGUCUUGUCUUUCGGACCUUGAGGGUACAUCGAUAUCACUCAGCGGGAUGUCGAAAGAAGUCAACCCUCUUGACGGCGUCGAGGCCUACGUGUUUGACGUCUUCGGUACUGUUGUAGAUUGGCUCGGUAGCGUGACCCGAGCUUUGGAAGCUUCUGCGCCAGAAUCUUUGAAGAAUGAAGACUGGAGCGGUUUCACGAAAGAGUGGAGGAAGGGGUACGGUGAAUACACCCGUCGGGUAGCCAACGGAGGGCAAGGGUCCAAUAACGCCGACGUCAUGCACAGAGAGAUUCUUGACGGUUUGCUCGAGUCUCCUCGCUGGAGUCAUCUCGCGUUUGUAUGGGAUGACGCCCAAAGGCAAGAGAUGGUCCAAAUGUGGCAUAAACUAGACGGGUGGCCGGAUAGCAGCAGUGGGCUAUAUGCGAUGAAGAAGAAAGCCAUCAUCGGGACCCUAUCCAAUGGAAAUGUACGUCUCCUUGUGGACAUGGCAAAAUAUGCUAACCUUCCUUGGGAUGUGGUGUUUUCCGGAGAGUUGCUUGGGUCGUAUAAGCCGAACCCCAAGACCUAUUUAGGAGCUAUACAUCAUCUCGAUAUCACACCAGAGAAGUGCGCGAUGGUCGCAGCCCACAUAUAUGACCUUCGUGCUGCAGCUAGACAUGGUAUGAAGACAGUUUACGUCCGCCGUCCGACGGAAGAUGGCGACGUCAGGGAUAUCGUCAAGACUAAAGCUGAUGGUGGCGAAGUUGAUGUCGUGGUAGACUCCUUUGAACAGCUUGCUAAAUUGAUGCCAUAAUUGUCCCCGCCACCAAUGAUAUAAUGACCCAGAUAUAUGACGUGCAUUAAAC